CGAGCGGGGCCCGCGGCGCGCCCGGCCCCUCCGCGCAGAUGGCCACUCAAGUGGAGCCGCUGCUGCCGGCGGGUGCCCCGCUGCUGCAGGCCGAGGAGCACGGCCUGGCGAGGAAGAAGCCGGCGCCCGACGCCCAGGCCGAGUCGGGCCCGGGCGACGGCGGUGGUGAGCCCGACGGCGGCGUCCGCAGGCCGCGGCCCGCCUGCGCCAGGCCUGGCCGCGACGGCGCGGAGCGCGAGAGCCCGCGACCACCCGCGGCUGCGGAAGCCCCAGCGGGGAGCGACGGCGAGGACGGCGGCCGGCGUGACUUCGUGGAGGCACCGCCGCCCAAGGUGAACCCGUGGACGAAGCACGCGCCGCCGCCGGCCGCGGUGAACGGACAGCCGCCUCCAGAACCUUCUGCUCCAGCCAAGGUGGUGAGGGCAGCUGCUCCUAAACCGCGUAAGGGCAGCAAGGUUGGUGAUUUUGGAGAUGCAAUCAACUGGCCUACACCUGGAGAGAUAGCCCACAAAAGUGUGCAGCCACAGUCCCACAAGCCUCAGCCUGCUCGAAAGUUGCCACCCAAGAAGGACAUGAAGGAGCAAGAGAAAGGAGAUGGAAGUGAUAGUAAGGAGAGCCCAAAAACCAAGUCGGAUGAAUCGGGGGAGGAAAAGAAUGGGGAUGAGGACUGCCAGCGAGGCGGGCAGAAGAAGAAAGGGAGCAAACACAAGUGGGUUCCAUUGCAAAUAGACAUGAAGCCUGAAGUACCCAGAGAGAAAUUGGCCUCCCGUCCCACUCGCCCACAGGAGCCAAGACAUACACCUGCUAUCCGUGGGGAGAUGAAAGGAUCUGAACCUGCUACCUACAUGCCUAUAUCUGUGGCCCCACCCACCCCAGCCUGGCAACCAGAGACCAAAGCGGAGCCUGCCUGGCACGACCAGGAUGAGACAUCGAGUGUGAAGAGUGAUGGGGCUGGUGGGGCGCGGGCUUCCUUCCGUGGCCGUGGACGGGGGCGUGGUCGUGGACGGGGCCGUGGACGGGGUGGCACUCGAACCCACUUUGACUACCAGUUUGGCUACCGAAAGUUUGAUGGUACAGAGGGGCCCCGCACCCACAAGUAUAUGAACAACAUCACUUACUACUUUGACAAUGUCAGCAGCAAUGAGAUUUACAGUAUGGACCAGGAGCUGCUCAAGGAUUAUAUCAAGCGCCAGAUUGAAUAUUACUUCAGCGUGGACAAUUUAGAGCGAGACUUCUUCCUGAGACGGAAAAUGGAUGCUGAUGGCUUCCUUCCCAUCACCCUUAUUGCUUCCUUUCACCGUGUACAGGCCCUAACCACUGACAUUUCACUCAUCUUUGCGGCUUUAAAGGACAGCAAGGUGGUAGAGAUGGUUGAGGAGAAAGUCCGCAGGAGGGAAGAACCUGAAAAGUGGCCACUGCCUGGACCCCCAAUAGUGGAUUAUUCACAAACUGAUUUUUCUCAGCUUCUCAACUGCCCAGAGUUUGUUCCCCGACAGCACUACCAGAAAGAGACAGAGUCGGCACCUGGCUCUCCCCGUGCAGUCACCCCAGUGCCAACAAAAACAGAAGAGGUCAGCAACCUGAAGACCCUUCCCAAGGGCUUGUCUGCCAGCCUCCCAGAUCUGGAUUCUGAGAGCUGGAUUGAAGUGAAGAAAAGGCCUCGGCCCUCACCAGCACGCCCCAAGAAGCCAGAGGAGCCCAGGUUCUCCCACCCAACUGCUCUGCCUCAGCAGCUUCCCUCCCAGCAGCUGAUGUCUAAGGAUCAGGAUGAGCAAGAAGAACUAGACUUUCUGUUUGACGAGGAGAUGGAGCAGAUGGAUGGGNGGAAGAAUACCUUCACUGCCUGGUCUGAAGAGGACUCUGACUAUGAAAUUGAUGACCGGGAUGUCAAUAAGAUCCUCAUCGUCACUCAAACACCACCUUACAUGCGUCGCCACCCUGGAGGAGACCGUACAGGCAACCACACUUCUCGUGCCAAGAUGAGUGCUGAACUGGCCAAGGUCAUUAAUGAUGGACUCUUCUACUAUGAACAAGAUCUAUGGACUGAGAAGUUUGAGCCUGAGUAUUCACAGAUCAAGCAAGAAGUGGAGAACUUCAAGAAAGUGAAUAUGAUUAGUCGGGAACAGUUUGACACUCUGACCCCUGAGCCCCCUGUGGAUCCUAACCAGGAGGUUCCUCCUGGGCCACCUCGGUUCCAGCAAGUUCCUACUGAUGCCCUGGCCAACAAGCUGUUUGGUGCUCCCGAGCCAUCUACCAUUGCCCGUUCUCUACCAACCACUGUCCCAGAGUCUCCAAACUACCGAAAUGCCAGGACUCCCCGCACACCCCGGACCCCCCAGCUCAAAGACUCUAGUCAGACACCACGGUUUUACCCCGUGGUGAAAGAAGGACGGACCCUAGAUGCCAAGAUGCCUCGAAAAAGAAAGACAAGGCACAGCUCGAAUCCCCCCUUGGAAAGUCAUGUGGGCUGGGUGAUGGAUUCUCGGGAGCACAGGCCCAGGACUGCUUCUAUUAGCUCCAGUCCUUCAGAGGGAACACCUGCAGUCGGCAGCUAUGGCUGUACCCCUCAGUCACUGCCCAAGUUCCAGCAUCCUUCCCAUGAGCUGCUCAAGGAAAAUGGCUUCACACAACACGUCUACCACAAGUAUCGGAGGCGCUGCCUUAAUGAGCGGAAGCGCUUGGGCAUUGGCCAGUCUCAGGAGAUGAACACCCUCUUCCGCUUUUGGUCCUUCUUCCUCCGAGAUCACUUCAAUAAAAAGAUGUAUGAAGAGUUCAAGCAGCUCGCACUGGAGGAUGCCAAAGAAGGCUACAGGUACGGUUUGGAGUGCCUUUUUCGAUACUACAGUUAUGGUCUAGAGAAAAAGUUCCGGCUGGACAUAUUCAAGGAUUUCCAGGAGGAGACAGUGAAGGACUAUGAGGCUGGCCAGCUCUAUGGAUUGGAGAAGUUCUGGGCCUUCUUGAAAUACUCCAAAGCCAAAAAUUUGGACAUUGACCCCAAACUGCAAGAAUACCUCGGCAAAUUCCGCCGCUUAGAAGACUUCCGAGUGGACGUGAGUGAAAGUCUCUCCUGACUCCUAACUGUCCUGAAAAGAGAGCAUCCCUCUCCUGUCUGUGGCGUACACGUGACAGUGGACAGCAGCAGGUGCUCACUAGAGUUGUUCCCAGCCUCCCUCCUAUUGUCACAGCCUACCUGCUUAUCCAGGCCCACUACUACUAGUUUGUGUCAGGAUCAGGACCAGCUACUCUGAUAAAUAUACUUGUUCCUUCUGGGAAAA